GCCUGGUCUCAAAUGGGGCGUGGCCGUUGGCGUCAUCGUGACUUUUAUUGUCUUUCUUACUGAUGGUACACUGUGUCACACGAGGGAAAUCGAUACGGUGUUACAUUUCACAGCCGCGUUUUUGCCAAAGAAUUCAUGGAAUGUCUAGAAGCAAAGUACGGUCGGUGGAAUACGGCAAAUAUCUUAAAAAUUCAACGAGACGGUCAAGAUUUUGUGAUUUUAAACAUAUUCUUCCACGAUGUUUUCACGCCGUGGUUUUACACUCAGGGACCGAUAAAGAAUGACGAGGAAUGGAUCCGAUCUGAUUUUCGAACAAUGUGCCAGGCGAUUCAGGGUGAGCCCCGGCUUAACAGCUUCACACUUGUUGCCAAAUUCUUGACUGGCAAACUCACUGUCCGAGUUUGCAGUUGUUUCAAACGAAAUCAGCCAGCCAGCUCAGGAAAUGGGGAUUGUGUUCAAGGCACUGAAAAAGAUUCGACUCAGUUGAACCCCACAAAAGAAUGCGAAAAUCUUCCACUGACAACAUUCCAAGAACGCAGCUGUGCGAAAGGAGCACAUAAAUGGGUUCCCUGGACAAAGGCCACCUACACCCCACCUGUUACAAAUGUCGAUGAUGCAUCGAUCUCCAGACCACAAAAACGAUGCUCCACACGCACAAAGAAUAAUCGUAAAUCAGAAAAAUAUGAUUCACAAGCUCCGAUAAAUGUGCUAAUAUUCGAGGACUUGAUAGAGUGUAACGGACUCGAGAAGGGCGUUCAAACAAGACAGAAACACGUUCGAACUAAACGAGACAAACUGUUCAUUCCCGAAGGCUGA